AUGUUAGUGAAUGGUGACAGUGAUAUAGUGGGAGAAGCUGCUAAAUUUCACAAGCCAGGCGAAAAUUAUAAUUCUCCCGGUUACAUUGUGACAAAAGAUACUAUGAGGUUAUUGAAAGAACACAUGAAGCAAACCGGUGGCAUAGUAGUUACCAGGUUUCCUCCUGAACCAAACGGUAUUUUACACAUCGGUCACGCAAAAGCGAUCAAUUUUAAUUUUGGUUAUGCAAAGAAACAUGGUGGCAUAACCUACUUGCGAUAUGAUGAUACAAACCCUGAAAAGGAAGAAGCAGAAUUUUUCGAAGCUAUUGAGGACAUGGUUCGAUGGCUGGGCUUUACUCCAUACAAGAUUACUUAUGCCUCGGAUAAUUUCCAACAGUUAUACGAAUGGGCAAUUAAGUUAAUCAAAUUAAAGUUAGCUUAUGUUUGUCAUCAGGCCGUAGAAGAAAUACGAGGUUUUAAUCCACCAACUUCGCCCUGGAGAGACAGACCGAUUGAGGAAUCCUUGCGACUGUUUGAGGAUAUGAAAAACGGCAAGAUUGACGAAGGUAUGGCUACUUUACGUAUGAAAGUGACAUUGGGCGAUGGGAAAGUGGAUCCAGUAGCUUAUCGCAUCAAGAUGACUCCCCAUCAUCGUACUGGUACUGAGUGGUGCAUUUACCCUACUUAUGACUAUACUCAUUGCUUGUGUGAUUCCAUUGAGAAUAUCACACAUUCAUUAUGCACUAAGGAAUUUCAGUCACGACGUCCCGCGUAUUAUUGGCUUUGUAAUUCACUAAAUCUUUAUUGUCCAGUUCAGUGGGAAUAUGGUCGCCUCAAUUUGUAUUAUAGUGUGGUGUCUAAGCGCAAAAUUUUAAAGCUGAUAGAAGCCGGUAUUGUUAAUGACUGGGAUGAUCCACGGUUAGUAACUUUGACAGCACUCCGUCGUCGUGGAUUUCCACCUCAAGCUAUUAAUAUGUUUUGUGAACGUAUUGGCGUUACUAUGGCUCAAACAAUCCUUGAUCCUUCUGCUUUAGAUGCUUGUGUACGGGACUAUCUGAAUGAUCAUGCACCACGUGUGAUGGCUGUUUUAGAGCCAAUAAUAGUAACUAUUACGAAUUGGCAUGAACUGUAUGGCGAUAAGUCUUCUGUCGAGCUUACAGUUGCGGAUUUUCCUGCUAUUCCAGACAGUAAGACUCAUAGUGUCCUGUUGCAACAGGAGCUGUACAUAGAAAAUACAGACUUUCAAGAAGUUGCUGAGAAAGGAUAUCGUCGUUUAACACCUAAUCAACCAGUUGGUCUUCGUUACACGGGCCUUGUUUUAGAAUUUUCCGAUUUAAAAAAAGAUUCCGAUGGAAAAAUAUCUCAUUUAUUUGUGAAAGCCCAGAAGGUAGAGGAUACUACUAAGCCAAAAGCUUUUAUACAUUGGGUGUCCAAUCCUUUGCAGUUUGAAGCUCGACUGUAUGACCGAUUGUUCACCGUCAAGGAGCCAGAAAGCGAAAAGAAUGGAUUCUUGUCUGUGAUUAAUAAAAAUUCAUUAGUCAUAAUUCCGGGUGCUUUGAUUGAACAGUCUGUCAAAAAUGCUGAGGUUUACACUGCCUAUCAAUUUGAACGUAUUGGUUUCUUCUCUGUGGAUCCUGAUACUAACUCAGAACGUAUGGUUUUCAAUCGAACUGUUGCUCUAAAAGCCGAUCCUGGUAAAACAAUUUAA